AUGGGCUUCUCCGACUUCUUCCAGGGCCAGAACGACCAGUACCAGCAGCAGUCUGGCAACCAGGCCUCGAUCACCCACGAGCUCCUCGGCGGUGCCGCUGCCUUUGAGGCCGCCAAGGCCUACGAGAACCACGUGGCUGCCAACGGCGAGCCCUCGAGCCACGCCACCCGCAACGAGAUCCUCGCUGGCUUCGCCGGUGCCUUCAUCGACCGCGAGGCCGAGACCCGUGGCCUGGACUUUAUCGACCGCGAGAAGGCCAAGCGCGAGGCUCAGAACCAGCUCCAGCAGCAGUUCUAA